AUGGUCGCUCCCAUUGCCUCUCCCGCCGUGUGGCUGGGUCAUGCGGAUGCGCUCCAGCACUACCUGAGCCAAGGCGUCAGCUCCCCCUCCCUUGCUCUGGAUGCCGGUGUGGUGGCGGGUGUGAGUGCCGCCAGAUGGUGCCUGAUGGCCCUCGUUUCCGGCUUCAAGGCCUCUUCCAAUGCCAGUAAUGCCCAGGCGCUGAGUGCCUGCUCCCCCCUGGACGUCGUUUGGGUUGGGGCCAUUCCCGGCGCUGCAGAGGAGUGGUGCUUCAGGGGAGGCCUACUGCCCGCCAUUUCCCCGGAUUGGCGAGGCGCAGCCGUCACUGCCAUCGUGUUUGGGCUGCUGCAUCUUCUGGAUCGCAGGCGGACCCCCGUGUCGGCCGCCUGGGCGACGGGCGUGGGUGCCGCGUACGGCGCGCUCUACCUCCACACCGGGAACGUGGCGGAUGCCGCGCUCGCGCACGCGCUGUCCAAUGUCGUGUCUGGCCUGGGCUACAAGUUGGGGGGCACCCAGGCCCCGGAUACACCGUCGUAA